UAUGUAGAACCAAAUAUCAUAACCCAUAAAAUAUUAUUUCUAAAAAGAAGCCUCAGAUAAACCUAGAAAACUCAAAAGAAUCAUCAUCAUCAUCAGAGAUGGAUAUCGACUCAUGCAACAUCAAACCAACGGACAAGUCCCAAACCGCCGUAAGUUCCUCACCGCCGGUUAAAAUCCAUCUCCGGCCAAUGACUCUCUCCGACAUCGACGACUUCAUGGUGUGGGCAACUGACACAAACGUCACACGCUUUUGCACGUGGGAGCCUUACACGAGCCGAGAAGCCGGGAUGGCUUUCAUUAACGACGUCGUUUUGCCACACCCUUGGCUCCGAGCUAUCUGCUUAGACAACGACCGUCCCAUAGGCUCUAUCUCCGUCACGCCCGUCGACAAGAUCAGAGGAGAGAUCGGUUACGUCAUCGGAAGUAAGUAUUGGGGGAAAGGAAUCGCGACGGAGGCGGUUAGGCUUGUGGCGGCGGAGAUAUUCAAGGAAAAGCCGGAGAUGGAGAGGCUUGAGGCACUUGUCGACGUGGAUAACGUCGGAUCUCAAAAGGUUCUUGAAAAAGUUGGGUUUGUGAGAGAAGGCGUUAUGAGGAAAUUUAUGUAUCUUAAAGGAAAUGUUAGAGAUAUGGUCAUGUUUAGUUUCUUGCCUUCUGAUUCUUUGCACUGAUCUUGAUUUAUAUCUAUAGGUAAAACACAUUAUAGUUUUUCAGAGUAAUUAAUUUGUCUGCUAUAUAUCUGUAUUUUGCUCAGUUUGUGAAUCACAUGUAUAAUUUGAUGUGAUGCUCUAUGAAUUUCUCUUCUUCUUAUGUUGUUGUAACUUUUAUACAUUUACCAUAUAUAUUAUACCAUAAUUAUUUUAAUAAUUGGAGAGUACAGGCCUUUGUAUC